AUGGAUGGGAUGUCCCUCGAUGUAAUAUCAAGCAGAGUGAUGCCCCUUUCUGUAAUAUCAAAUAUCUUUCAAUAUAAUGUCACACGGAGGCAUGUCCCUCGUUGUAACAUCAUGCAGAGUGAUGUCCCUCGCUGUAAUGUCAAUCAGGUGAUGUUCCUCGCUGUAAUAUCAAGCAGAGGGAUAUCUCUCACUAAAAUGUCACAUGAAUGGGAUGUCCCUCGAUGUAAUAUCAAACAGAGUGAUGUCCCUUUCUAUAAUAUCAAACAGAGGGAUAUCUUUCAAUAUAAUGUCACACGGAGGCAUGCCCCUCGUUGUAACAUCAUGCAGAGUGAUGUCCCUCGCUGUAAUGUCAAUCAGAGUGAUGUUCCUCGCUGUAAUAUCAAGCAGGAGGAUGUCUCCCGCUGUAAUAUCAGAGUGAUGUCCCUCGCUGUAUAUCUAUCUUUCAAUAUAAUGUCACACACCCUCGUUGUAACAUCAUGCAGAUGGUCCCUCGCUGUAAUGUCAAUCAGAGUGAUGUUCCUCGAUGUAAUAUCAAGCAGAGGGAUAUCUCUCACUAUAAUGUCACAUGGAUGGGAUGUCCCUCGAUGUAAUAUCAAGCAGAGUGAUGCCCCUUUCUGUAAUAUCAAAUAG